UUUCGCCUUGAUCCGACUAUAGACGUCUCUUGGACAGUUGUAGGAUUGCUGCAUUCCAGAGGAAAGUUGCUAGCAUUAGAAAAUUGGUUUAAAACAAUUGAUCGUAGUUGAUUUUUCUAUUUCUACUUUACAAUCGAAUGGAUAGUGUUCAGGCUACACAAGAGAAAAUGAAGGUCAAUCGUACUAUUUCAAGCAACGAAACAAAUGAUGGUACACAAAGAACAUCAUCCAAGAAUUCAGAAGAAGCUAAAGACCAGAGUUUGGAGGCACUCCUUGAUAACAUUGAGGUCUCUGAAGAAGAUAAAAUAGAAGUUCAAGAAGAUGUGGAUAAGAUAGCAGAAAAAGUUCCACUGGGGACUUUUGGAAACCCUAAAUUUUAUUUGCACUUUUUGGCAAUCUACGCUUCAUUUGGUGGAUUCUUGUAUGGAGUGGACCAAACCUUAGUUAGCGGAGCUUUGUUGUAUCUCUUGAAGGAUAUCAAGCUGAAUGUUGAGCAGGAAUCCUUGAUAACUAGUGCAGUAUCUCUAGGAGGUAUUCCUGGAGCCAUAGCAGCUAUUGCAGUCAACGAGGCGCUUGGAAGAAGAGGCGGAAUCAUCAUUGCCUGUCUUUUAGAUACAACUGGUGCAAUAAUGUGUGCAGCAGCCCGAUCUUAUGGUGUUUUGUUGCCUGGAAGACUCAUCUUAGGAGCUGGUAUUGGAAUGGAAGCCAUGACAGUUCCUACGUAUAUUGCUGAAUGUUCACCAAAACAACGAAGGGGAGGCUUGGUGUCUUUAUAUCAAGUGAUGAUUGUAUUUGGGCUACUCGGUGGUUAUGUGGUUGAUGCUAUAUUUACCAACGUUGAUGGAAGUUGGAGAUACAUGCUUGGGUCUUCCCUGGUCUUCUCAACUAUAUUGAUGACUGGUGCAAUAUUCUUCCCUGAGAGCCCUCGUUGGCUAAUGAAGCGAGGAAGAUAUCAGCGAGCCUUAGUUGUUUGGAGAAAAUUAAGAGGCUUUCGAGGAGAAGAAAUUGAAGAAUUUGUUCGAAUGAAGAAAGUUGUGGAGACAGAGAGACAAUUUGCAAAACCUUUUCUGAUAGUCAUGAUGGACUUUUUGCGUGUUCCACAUUGUCGUAGAGCGUUUGAGUUAGGUGUGGGAAUCAUGUUUAUUCAGGAAUUCUCUGGGGUUGCAACUAUUAAUUAUUAUACUGGAACCUUGUUCGAGAAAUUGGGCAUGACUCCUAGUCAUUCUGUUUACAUGGGAAUGAUAGGAGAAGGAGUAUUUUUCUUUGCAACUAUUCCUGCCAUAUACCUUAACGAUAAGAUUGGUAGAAGAUGGUUGUUAUUAUCAACCAUGCCUGGCAUCAUUUUGGGUCUCAUCAUAACUGGCUUUUCUUUCUACGCAAGUGAUAAAAGUUCAAAGGUGGGACUCUAUACCUGGGGAGUUGUUACGUUUUAUUUGUUUUGGGGUCCUGGAAUGGGACCGGUACCGUGGACUAUCAAUUCGGAAAUAUUUCCAACCUAUAUCAGAACUUACGGCGUAGCCAGUUGCACAAUCAUGAAUUUCUUUGGCAAUUGGCUCACAUCAUAUGAAUUUCUCAGAAUGGAGAAGCACAUGACGGAUCCUGGAGUUUUCAUCGGUUUUUACGGUGGGAUAGUUUUUCUUGGUUGGAUCUACCUUGUUUUAUUUAUGCCUGAAACGAAAAAUCUCACUCUGGAAGAAAUUAAGCAAACGUUCUCUCUUAGCCAUGUGGAAAUUGCCAAAAGAAAUUGGCAAAAAGCUAUUGAUGACUGGCAUUUUAUCAAAGCAUAUUUUGGCAGACAGCGCAGUCGUCAACAAAUUGUUCAUCCAGUAUCUCAAACAGUAUAAAGGAUCAACACAUACAUGAAUGACUUGUUUGGGUU